AUGCUCAAGGCCCCCUCUGUUCUCGACAUCUCUCCUGAAGGGAUGGAGAACUCAUCAGUGGCAUCAGCCUCCUCAGAGGCAGGGAGCAGCCGCUCUCAGGAGAUCGAGGAGCUGGAGCGUUUCAUUGACAGCUAUGUCCUGGAGUACCAGGUCCAGGGGCUGCUGAUGGAUAAAAUGGAGGGGGAUGGUGAGAGUGAGAAGACACAGUCCCACAUCUUGCAGUGGACAGCAGAUAGUAGUGAGCAGCUUGAUGGCAGCUGUCCCCUAUCCCAAGGGAAGGUCUCGUCAUCUCAUGAACACAGUCAGAAUGGCAACAAGGAGAGCUCCCUUGACAUGCUGGGCACGGACAUCUGGGCUGCCAACACCUUUGACUCCUUCAGUGGUGCGACAUGGGACUUGCAGCCUGAAAAACUAGAUUUCACCCAAUUUCACAAGAAGCUGCAAACCACCUCCAAACACCUGUUGCCUCACAUAGACAGAGAAGGGCUUGGAAAAGGGAAAUUCGAAGAUGGUGAUAGCAUCAACUUGAAUGACAUAGAGAAAGUCCUUCCAGUGUGGCAGGGCUACCAUUCAUUGCCUCAUGAAGCUGAAAUCGCACACACCAAAAAACUGUUCAGAAGGAGGAGAAACGACCGGAGGCGACAGCAGAGACUUCCUGGUGGGAACAAGUCUCAGCAGCAUGCAGAUCAUCAGCAAGGUGGCACCAAACACAACAGGGACCACCAGAAACUCUACCAAGGAGGCCAGGCCCCUCACUCCUCAGGCAGGACAGGCCACCAUGGCUACAGUCAGAACCGGAGAUGGCACCACAACCAGAAACACUUGCCCAAUGACAAAGAAACACACAGAAACACCAAAGAGACUGAGAACUUGAAAAUCGAGGACACCUCCAUCUGUGCAGUUCACAUUCCCUUGGAGAUGCACCGAGGCCUGGAGGCUAUGGAGAAGCAGUCUCAGCAGUACAUCCAAGAGUCAGAGACCAAGCAGAAAGACAGCAUUCAUGAACGCAUUGGGGAAAGACCCAAGAUCAGUUUGCUUCAGUCUUCCAAAGACAGGCUGCAAAGGAGACUAAAAGAAAAGAUGCCUUGUCUUUCCCUUUCCACGGACCAGGACAAAGUCAUGGUGGAAACCACCAAUCCUGAAAAGAAUAAAAUGGACAAAUUAAUUGAAAUUCUCAAUAGCAUGAGGAACAACAGCAGUGACGUUGACUCCAAGCUCACCACAUUCAUGGAGGAGGCCCAGAACUCUACCAACUCUGAGGAAAUGCUGGGGGAGAUAGUCAAGACCAUCUACCAGAAAGCAGUGACAGACCGCAGCUUUGCUUCCACAGCAGCCAAGCUCUGUGACAAAAUGGCCCUCUUCAUGGUGGAAGGAACCAAAUUCCGGAGUCUACUCCUCAACAUGUUGCAGAAGGACUUCACCAUGCGGGAGGAGUUGCAGCAGCGGGAUGUGGAGCACUGGCUGGGGUUCAUCACCUUUCUCUGUGAAGUCUUUGGUACCAUGAGGAGCAGCACCGGAGAGCCCUUUCAAGUGCUUGUCUGCCCCAUUUAUACCUGCCUCAGGGAGUUGUUGCAAUCUCAGGAUGUGAAGGAAGAUGCUGUGCUUUGCUGCUCCAUGGAGCUGCAGAGCACCGGCCGGCUGCUGGAGGAGCAGCUGCCUGAGAUGAUGACAGAGCUGUUGGCAAUAGCACGUGACAAGAUGCUUUGUCCCUCUGAGUCCAUGCUGACACGGUCCCUGCUGCUGGAGGUCAUUGAGCUGCACGCCAACAACUGGAACCCCCUGAUGCCCACCAUCACUCAGUACUACAACAAGACCAUCCAAAAACUGACGGCUUGAGGGGCAGGACAAGGUGGGGUGGGAAGGAACAGGAAGAAGACAUGCACCUUGAUAGGAUCUGGAAAAAGCUUUUCUGAUUUAAAUUCCCCAGAAGAUCAAACCCCAGCAUGCUUGAGAAUACAUUUGUGGGGUGGGGAUAGAGAAGCAUGUUUCUUUUUCAGCCGUGUCGGGUUUCUUUUUCUGAUCUCAUUGCUUAAUCAGCAGCAACGCAUCCCACCAGGUUAUUGUUUGGCUUUUGAAAGAAGACAGAGAAUUUGGAAAAGAAAAAAACCCAAACAACUAAUCCAAGUGGGGGCUAGUAUUGUUUUCAUGCUGUCCUCCUGCCUUGCCCUGGCCAACUGGCAGGAGACAGCAGGCAACAGAUGGGAGGACAAAGCUAGACACACACUACACCAGACGCUCAUAAGUGAGGGCUUUUGUCAAAGGGGCCUUGCGCUAGGUUCCCCUCCUCUUGUCUUCAACUUUCUGUGUGCCCCCCACCUAUUUGUCACCCCUUUGAAAGUGGAUUGGAGAGUGGGAUGACUUUCUUAUUUGCACUGGGUUU